AGACCGGGAGCGCGCGCGGAGGCGGUCCGGGGCUUCCUCAGUUUUCUGUAAUCGCUUUUCUGCUGCUGCUACCUCCAGUUAAAUAGCAAGGACACGGGAGCGAGCAGGCGGCCGUGAGAGGAUAUACUUUUUUCGGUACCUUGGGAUUACGACGCGGAAUUGCAGCAUCGACGGCCAGCUGUCAGGGCCCACGAUGUCCAGCGAAGUGCAGAGACCAGACGACAGCCCCAGCACAAGCGGGGGAAGCUCGGAUAUUGAGCAACGGGAAUCGGUACCUGCUGAACAGGAGCGAGAGCAAGCACAGCCCAAAAAGAAGGAGACUAAGAUCUCGAGUAAAACCGCUGCUAAACUUUCAACUAGUGCCAAGAGGAUUCAAAAAGAGCUUGCGGAAAUAACACUAGACCCACCUCCCAACUGCAGCGCCGGCCCCAAAGGAGACAACAUCUACGAGUGGAGGUCGACCAUCCUGGGGCCACCGGGCUCAGUGUAUGAGGGAGGGGUCUUCUUCCUGGACAUCGCCUUCACACCGGACUACCCUUUCAAACCCCCCAAGGUAACUUUCCGUACCAGGAUCUAUCACUGCAACAUCAACAGUCAGGGGGUGAUCUGCCUGGACAUCCUGAAGGACAACUGGAGCCCCGCCCUCACCAUCUCCAAGGUGUUGCUGUCCAUCUGCUCCCUGCUCACAGACUGUAACCCAGCCGACCCUCUGGUGGGAAGCAUCGCCACACAGUACUUGACCAACAGAACAGAGCAUGACAGAAUAGCCAAACAAUGGACGAAGAGAUACGCCACAUAGACUCCCUGCCGUGACCCGCCCCCUCCUUCACCUCCCUCACCCCUCACUGAACCUCUCUCUACCUCUCUCACCCCUUAGUCUGUCAAAGCACACUCACUAAGUGCAGCGGUAAAUCUGCCCUCCUGUCACCCUUCCUCUUCCAUCUUCCUCCUCUUUCUCCUCUUCUUCUUCUUCUUCCCUCUUUUA